GUCACGGAUACGCUGCAACCACGGUGUGUGGGGAAGAAUCGUCUUCAGAUAGUGACCUGUCGAUUGGCAAUCGGACGAGGCGGUGACGUAAUAGGGAUGGCCAUGCGUUACCUGUCCUAUCUCUCUCUCUUUGUGCAUGAAGGCUUGAACAAGCUUUGCUGGCCAUUCUGGAAGCAGCGUUUCACCCGGUUGCUCAGAUUUAGUCCCAAUGCAGUGUCUGCAUGGGGCGUACGGGGGCCACCAGAUCCCCAUUUGGCGUCUUUGAUCUGCACUGGACUGGCACUCGUCUGGUGCUAUCUGAGCCUAGCCGGAUGUGGAAGAGACGAUGCUCAGCUCAGACCCCCGAGACUUCCUCAGUGGUUCCAUGUGAGAUCACAGAGCUGCGUCACGUCAUGUGCCAUGAGAUCGUGCAGCGUGGGGAUUGCUCCCUCGGCCCUAGGGACCUGGACCAGCCGAGGACCAGGGGGAUAUGAGAGUCUCGAGCCGAACGAUACCAUGAUUUGAUAUUUGCAAAAUGGGCCGUCCGCUCCGGCGAAACAU